AUGACCCCCUCCCAAACCACCACAGACAUAAACACCCUCUCCCAUUUCCUCGCACACCCUCAGAUCACGUCGCUGGAUACGUGCGAUCCGGUGGAUUGCAUCGUCAUCUGCGCAUCUUCCGUGCUCUACCAAGCCACCACCCUUUUCGAAACCCUUCAAUCACGGGCUGAUCUCACAACCACCCUCGUGUUGUGUGGUGGGAUUGGGCACUCAACAAAACUUAUUUGGGAGGCGGUGGCCAGACAUCCAAUCUACUCUGCUAUCGCGGACCAAAUAAACGGAAUACCUGAAGCUAGGGUGCUGGAAUUGAUCAUGAAGAGGUUUUAUCCUGGGAUUGAGGGGAGGGUUAAGGUUUUGGUGGAGGAUCAAUCGACGAAUUGUGGUGCUAAUGCGUAUGAAUGCCGAAAGGUUCUCGAGAACGCUGGUGCUGAGAUGCCGAAGACGUGUGUUGUGAUUCAAGAUCCCACCAUGUCCCUCCGCACCCACGCUUCUUUCGUGCAUACCUUUCGCGACCUUCCUAACCCUCCAACAUUUCUAAGUUGUCCGGUCUUCGUCCCUCGAGUCCGAAAUUCGGAUCUUGGGGGUGAGGAGGUGGUGUUCGAUGUGUCUGGAGUAGAGAGUGAGGAGUUGUGGGAGAUGGAUCGGUUCUUGGAGUUGCUGGUAGGCGAGAUUCCGAGGUUGAGAGAUGAUGAGGGGGGGUAUGGACCUAGGGGGAGGGGGUUUAUUGGGCAUGUGGAUGUGCCCGGGGAGGUUGAGGGGGCGUGGGGGAGGGUUAGGAGGGUUGGGGGAGGAGAUGAAGGAGGGUGA